CAAAUAUUUUUAGCGUGAAGCCCACGAGGUCGCCUUUUGUGGGUCCCUUGUCUCUCUCUCUCUCUCUUUCUCCGUAUCGUCUUCAGCCUCCAAAACCCCACGAAACGGCGAGCCACCGUAGACCGAGUCAUAAUCGAUGAGACAAUGCUCCGUACGUUUAACGGUUUGAAGAUCAACAACCUUUCUUCUCGAAAAGCUCGUCUCUCGCCAUGACUCUCCUCUCUAGAUUCUUGGUCACCAAAGUGGUUACCAGAUACACACAAUCUCUCUACUCUAACCAGAAACAUGGAACAUCUCUCAAGGUUUCUCUAGUUUUGCCUCAGUUCAGAAAUUCGAGUAAUGGGUAUCAUUCAUUGUCCCUUCUCCCUUACGCUAAAGGAAGAUCUUUCGGUCAUAGUCUUCUCUCACGAAGCUAUGUAGUCAAGCAACGUGCUCAAUUCUCUUUGAAAUGGCUUCUUAAUAGAUACUCUACCCACCAAUGGAACUUACCUAGGAUAAGCAUGGUCGCUCAAGCCUUUUGCUUGUCUGUAUCCCGUUCGCACUUGUUAGUACCUGGCGUGUUAGCUCUCACUUGUAGGAAAGUUGCAUAUGCGCAAAGGCCCGCUCCAACUCCUCCUGUUUUUAUACGGUCUCCGCAGCAGUUUUCUCUUUACAGGAACGCCGUGAACAUCCCUGUGGUUAUCUCUACUUUGUUUCUUUCCGCGGUGAAAAGUGUGGCUCUCCUCGGGAGAGCUCUCUAUUUAGCAGUCUUGCUUUCUCCUAAUCUCGUGAUGGCUUUGUUGGAGUUUUCAUGCGGGCCUCGGUUCAGAAAGUUGCGGCAUGAGGUCCUCCAUCGAACUCUGGAGAAAGCUGGUCCUGCGUUUAUCAAGUUCGGCCAAUGGAUCGCCACGAGACCUGAUCUGUUCUCUAAGGAUCUGUGUUUGCAGCUCUCGAAGCUUCACAGUAACGCCCCUGAGCACAGCUUUGAGUUCACCAAAAGAACCAUCGAGAGAGCGUUUGGUCGUAAGCUCUCUGAUAUAUUCGAGGAGUUUGAUGAGGCGCCAGUGGCUUCCGGGAGCAUAGCUCAAGUCCAUAGAGCCACCUUGAAGUUUCAGUAUCCAGGACAAAAGGUGAAGUCCUCCGAAGUCGCUGUUAAAGUCAGACAUCCUUGCGUUGAGGAGACGAUGACGAGAGACUUUGUGAUAAUCAAAAUGGCGGCAAAGCUAACUACUUUCGUCCCGGGUCUGAACUGGCUUAGGUUGGAUGAGUGCGUGCAGCAGUUUAGCCUCUACAUGUUGUCUCAAGUUGAUCUCUCGAGGGAAGCUUCUCAUUUGAGUCGGUUUAUAUACAACUUCCGUGGAUGGAAAGAUGUCUCUUUCCCUAAGCCUGUGUUUCCCCUUGUGCAUCCCUCCGUUCUGGUUGAGUCAUUCGAGCACGGAGAGAGCGUGGCUCGUUAUGUGGAUGGACCAGAAGGACAUGAAUGGCUUAAGUCAAAAGUAGCUCAUAUCGGAACUAAUGCUCUCUUGAAGAUGCUCCUGGUGGACAACUUCGUUCAUGCUGAUAUGCAUCCCGGGAACAUUCUUGUCAGGAAGAACGGUGCCAAAAGAGGUCUGUUCAGAUCGAAGAAGCCACACAUUAUUUUCCUUGAUGUAGGGAUGACUGCAGAGCUCUCGAAAACGGACAGAGACAACCUACUCGGUUUUUUCAAGGCGGUUGCACGUAGAGAUGGUCGGACUGCCGCUGAACGGACACUUAAGUUAUCUAAACAACAGAAGUGUCCUAACCCACAGGCCUUUGUCGAGGAAGUAGAAGAAGCGUUUAGAUUCUGGGGAACAGCAGAAGGAGAAUCAGUUCAUCCAGCAGAUUGUAUGCACGAGUUAUUCGAGAAAAUGAGAAAUCAUAGAGUUAAUAUUGAUGGCAAUGUCUCCACCGUGAUGUUUACAACAUUAGUCCUCGAGGGAUGGCAACGGAAGCUGGAUCCGGGAUAUGAUAUAAUGCGAACGCUACAGAAAAUGCUGCUGAAAACGGAUUGGAUGAAGUCACUUUCCUACACGGUCGAUGGACUGAUGGCUCCCUAGAUUUGACAAAGGUUUAUUUUUUAUUAUUAUUAUUAUUAUUAUUUUGUACACGGUUGAAUCUCUUUUGAGAGCCAACUUUUGUUUCGACUUAGGAGUUGAUGAAACGCCAUCUUUUACAGAAAAGAAAAAUGAAAGACAAAAUUCAAAAUU